CAUAAUACAUACAUACGUGUACACGCCCUACAUUUGAUACCGUCAUUGGCAAGCACUCACCCGGCGCUUAUCUUUUUUGUUCCCCCCAAGCCAAGUACCGACACAUCCGGAUCCUUUCCUAUCUACCCUACGUCAAUACAUAGUCGUAAAAUCCACAAUGGCCCGACCCCGGAAAAGUCAGCCCGCUACUACUACUACUGCUAUUUCUUCUUCCGUCACUACCUCCGCUUCCGUUCCCGCCUCCGCUACUACAACUACUACUACGUCCUCCGCUGCUGCUGCCGGUGUACGAGCAAGGCGGAAACCUCAGACUCGGUCUGUUGACAACAAGGACGAAGCUCCAAGGGGUGCUGCCGGUAGCGACACAUCACCGGCUGUUGUCGGGGAAGACGCCGACGCCGACGCCGGAAUGCCCUCUUGGGCGGCGAGGAACCGAUGGGUCGUUUUCGCUAUCGCGAGCGGUGCUUGCGCGGCGUGUAAUGGGGUUUUUGCUAAGCUGACCACGAAUGAGCUAUCUACACACAUAGCCCAAGCCAUCUCACGACUAUUCCAGCUCACGGACCUUGAGCGAUACGUCGAGAUCGUCGUGCGUUGUGGCUUCUUCGGCCUCAACCUAGCCUUCAACGGCGUCAUGUGGGCCCUCUUCACCCGCGCCCUCGCCAAGGGCAACUCCACCACCCAGGUCUCCAUCAUGAACACGUCCACCAACUUCGUCGUUACCGCCAUCCUCGGGUUCGCCAUCUUCGCCGAGGCCCUGCCCCCGCUGUGGUGGGUCGGCGCCGCGUUGCUCGUUGCUGGCAAUGUCAUUAUUGGCAGGGGUAACCAGGAGCAAGGGAGUGAUGGUGACGGCGAUGAUGGAGUUGGCGAGACGGAACCUCUCGUCGGGCCUUACCGUGCUGAUGUUGAGCAUGGUAGUGGCGGUGGCGGUGGCAGUGAUGAUGGUGAUGAUCAUGACGAGUCAGCGGUAGAUCUGGGCAUGGCUACUGAUGCAAGCAGCUACGCUGACAGUGUGGGCGGGAGUGUUGUGCCUGUUGAGAAAGACGAGGACGAGGAUGUGGCGCUGUUAGGAGAUCUGAGCUAACCUACCUAGGCCCAUGAUAGCAAACUGCACUGCUGGCAAGAGGUUUACACAUCGAUACUUGACCUUACAUCUGGAUAUUACGUAUAAAAGUUUAGACGGAUAAUAAAUAAAGCAUCUAACCUAUAAA